UUCUUUCUUCUUUUUUCUCUUCUCCAUUAUUUAUACUCAUCUUCCACACUAAUGCAUUGUAAAUCUGUUACUCUUUUAUUAGGUUAAAAUCUCAUAUUGGUGACGUACAAGGUGAAAGGAAGAUGUCAAAACCAAAUGAAGGUAAUGCUGAAGUUGAUAUUCCACCUGAACUUCUGAUAACAAAUUUUAACGAUCCUAUCGAGGCUAUUGUGCGAUGCACAUAUCCAAAUCUUCUCUCCCGAUACCAAAAUGGACAGUUUGUGCAAUCAAGAGCUAUUUUGGCUUCUACUGUUGAGGCUGUUGAUCAAAUAAAUGAUUAUGUGCUUAAGUUAGUUCCAGGUGAACAAAGGGAGUAUUAUAGUGCCGACAAAAUUGAUAAGUCAGAGAUCAAUGAUGCACAAGCAAUUGAAUUUGACAUGAUUCCUCCUGAAUUUCUAAACAGUCUCAAAGCAUCUGACAUAGCAAAUCAUAGAUUCGCUCUCAAGGUUGGGACGCCGAUAACGCUUCUAAGAGAUUUAGACCCUUCUCAGGGUUUCUUGACUGGUACUAGAUUAAUUGUUACAAGGCUAGGUCAAUUUGUACUUCAGGCUCAAAUCAUGUCAGGAAAGAAUGCUGGUAACAUGAUAUUAAUUCCUCGGAUACCAAUGUCUCCUUCCCGGUCACCAUGGCCUUUCAAGCUAGUUAGAAGACAAUUCCCAAUUAGUGUCUCAUAUGCAAUGACACUGGACAAACCUCAAGGUCAAUCCCUCGACAAUGUGGGCUUAUAUUUACCUAGAUCGGUGAUACGUCAUGAUCAGCUAAAAGUCGCAUUCUCUAGUGUCAAAAGCAAAAAUGGACUGAAGAUUCUAAUCCAAGACAAGGAUGAUAAAGCAAUGUCCAGUACUAUAAAUGCAGUCUUCAAAGAGGUUUUCGGAAACCUCUAACAAGAUUGCUGGUAUCUGCAACCAACCUUGAUAGAGAAGUUUUUUGAUGAGCUAGGUAAAGAUCAAAUAUAGUGUCAACAACUCUAUCACUAUCUUUACAAUUUAAGUUUAAAGUUGGAUUUUGUUGCUUAUGUUGUUUUUUAUUUUGCCGUUUUAGAACAUUUAAGUACUCAAACUGUUGUUUUUGAUGUCUAUGUUAAUGGUGUGUACUAUAU